AUGUCUUUAUCAAAGCAAGACAUGAAGUACCUUGCCAACGGCAAGGUCAUUACCGAAGAGGCCCUCAUCGCCAUCGCGGCAGCUAAACGCGAUAACUUUGAGAAGUGGUGCGGGACACGCCAGUUCCAGCACUUUUUGACGAGAGCUCGGCUCGGGAGCCCGUCAGACCCAAUGACCCUCCUACGUCUUCAAAAUUGGGCAGCUGAUGAGAUGUUUCAUCUCAGGAGCUUAGAAGAGAGCCAGACACAUACUGGCGGGAACCUUGGUCAAGUUACGACUUCCAAGGUUCCCACAAACAAUGAGAGCAGGGCAGAUGUUGAAGAAGGCCCUCACUUUAUUGGUGAUGACCUUAUCGCAUUUGCUUAA